CGGGCGGGGAGCCUGUCAGUGCUGCCGCCUGGGGACGGUGGGCGGCCGGCUGGUUCGCACGGCUGGUGCCCAGUGCAUGGGCGCCGUCGCACAGCCCGCCGGAGGAGUGACCGUCCUGCGUUUUAGAGCGGGGAGGGAGGUGGAACAGAGCAGACAAAGCCCCGGCGGCAGACCCCUGCCAGAACUUAUCUGCUUAAUUGUUAGGCAAUUAAUGGAUGUCUGGAAAUUGAUGUACGAAUAUAUUCAGAAAUGUUUUGCCUCCUGAGACCUUUGAGGAGGUUCUAUCUGGAGAAGAUUCUGCCACACUGGUUUCACUAUUCACGAGCUUUGUCGGGAGCAGAAGCAGUCAAUGCAUUGAGGCCUUUCUAUUUUGCAGUCCAUCCAGAUUUCUUCGGAAAGCACCCCAGAGAAAGGGAAGUCAAUGAAAAUUCUCUUAAGAGAUUAAGUGUCUACUUAGAAAACAUCCAGAAACCAGGCUUCAAGUCUUUGAAACCAACUCAGCUUACAUUUUAUGUGAGAGAAACAGACCAGAACUCCUCUGAUGGCCAGGAACCCUUUAGUAAUUCUGGGUUUCGAGCAGUCAGAUUUACUUUGCACACCCGAGACCUGCUAAGCACAGUAUUAUAUAUUCUCAACUCCUGCAGUUUAUCUGCUGAACACAUCCAAAGCUCCAACACUAAUGUGCACUCCCAGCCUCUCAAAGAAGCUAAGCGGUUGUCCGACAGGCCCAUCAAAUGGGACAAGUCUUACUAUUCCUUUACUGGAUUCAAGGACCCUGACGAAGACCUUGAACAAGUCUCAAGAAUGGAAACAACCCUAACAUCCUGGUUACAUAACAAUGGAAAAAGGGCUGUUAAAAAGUUGAAGAACAGUUUGCCACUUAGAAAAGAACUAGAUCGUUUAAAAGAUGAGCUGUCUCAUCUGUUACAACUCUCAGAUAUCAGGUGGCAGAGGGGCUGGGGUAUUGCCCACCGUUGCAGCCAGCUGCACAGUCUAGGCCGCCUGGCACAGCAGAAUUUGGAAACACUUCAGAAAGCAAAAGGAUGCACCAUCAUCUUUACAGACCGCUCGGGCAUGAGCGCAGUGGGCCACGUGAUGCUGGGAACGAUGGACGUCCAUCAUCACUGGACAAGACUUUUUGAAAGAUUGCCAAGUUACUUCGACCUUCAGAGGAGGCUGACGGUUUUGGAAGACCAAAUAAGCUAUCUUUUAGGUGGCAUCCAAGUAAUUUAUAUUGAAGAAUUCCAGCCAGUAUUAACACUUGAAGAAUACUAUUCUCUUCUUGAUGUAUUCUACAACAGACUGGUGAAAAGUGGACUGCCUUUUCACCCUCAGAGUCUCCGUGGCCUACAAAUGAUCCUUAGCAGAGACAGAUAUGCUCCAAGCUUGCAUGAACUCGGGCAUUUUAAUAUCCCAGUGCUCUGUGAUCCAGCAAGUCUCCCAUGGUUUAUUCACACUAAAGCCCAGCAAGCAAGAGAGAACAUGAAAAGAAAGGAAGAGUUAAAGGUUGUUGAAAAUGAAUUGAUCCAGGCUUCAACAAAGAAAUUUUCUCUGGAGAAGUUAUAUAAGGAACCCAGCAUUUCUAGUAUACAAAUGGUGGAGUGUUGUAAGAGACUUCUAGAACAGUCACUGCCUUAUCUUCAUGGGAUGCACCUCUGUGUUUCACAUUUUUACUCUGUCAUGCAAGAUGGAGACGUUUGUAUUCCUUGGAAUUGGAAGAAUGGGAAGGCAUGAAGUAACAUGGAAAUCUGUUUUAUUUUUAAAAAGAUAAAAAACUGUUAAAGUUAUUUAAAUCCAUAAUUUUAUAUAACAGUAUCAUUUAUAUGUUAUAAGAACAAAGUUUCUAACUGCUGCUUUAAAAUAUACAUUUGGGAGCUUUUGGUGGGGCUCGAGUUUGAACUCAGGGCUUCAUGCUUGCAAAGCAGGUACUCUGCUGCUU